AUGGCCAGCAAUCAGCCUUUCGAAGAUAAACGAAAUGUUCCAGUGUGCGAGACAGAUGAUCACAUCGGUGAACCUCCUACGACUGCCCCGGCCAACCUUCUUGUAUACAGACCUGUCCCUACCCCUCUGUGUUCGCAAACAUUCGUGAAGAUGGCGCCGUCCGCACUCGCUGCCCUCGGGCGUGUCACAUCCCCCAAAAGCUUCCACGACGGCCCAGAAGCCGAAGCUCUAGUGUCGCCUCUCAGCCCCGCGGUUCCCGAUUACGAUCCUACGAUCAAUGCAAAGCCCUACUCACCUUUUUAUCGCCAUGCGACGCAAAACUUCACCGCACAGACCCCGAAUUCCACGCUGAAAGUACCCAACGCCGAUGAUCUGGAAACCGGCGCCAGUGCAUAUCGACCAUCCGGGGAGUCAGACAAUCGCCGCAGUUCGAAGCUCUGGACGGAGAAGAAGAGACAUUGUGACUGGCUCAGGGCAUUGCCGAAGAAGCAAAGAAUAGCGGUGAAGGCGGUCAUUGCUAUUGUAAUAUUAGGGACGAUGGUGGCUAUCGCCCUGGGCAUUACGGCGGCCGUUGGGGGAGGAGUGUGGAAGUCGAACCACCAACAGGGGGCUAUUGGAUCCUGA